GCUUGCGUGUUGGCCCAGUUUUAGUUUCCACUGCUGUGAUGUUGGAACAUUUGUGUGUUUUUGAAUUUGGUGCUCAAAUUUACCCCAAAUUGGAAAAUCUGCAAUUGCUGUAUUUAUUAAGUUAAUCUGAUCUAAACACGGAAGUGAAUGGUAGCUGAUCGAUGUGACUGAUAGCCGACGACCAUGAGCAACAGUCAUCCUCUGCGUCCAUUGGCCUCCGUAUCAGAGAUCGACCACAUCCACUUGCUGUCGGAGCAGCUGGGAGCGCUGGUGCUCGGUGAGGAGUACAGCGAUGUCACCUUUAUCGUGGAAGGAAAGCGCUUCCCGGCGCACAGAGUCAUCCUAGCAGCUCGCUGUCACUAUUUCAGGGCCCUGCUGUAUGGUGGGAUGAAAGAGUCCCAACCCCAGGCAGAGGUGUCUUUAGAGGAGAUACGGGCUGAAGCUUUCUCCAUGCUGUUAAACUACCUAUACACAGGCCGUGCCAGCCUAAGUUCUGCCCGGGAAGAGGUGCUACUGGACUUCCUGGGCCUGGCUCACCGCUACGGCCUUCAGCCUCUUGAGGAUUCAACCUCUGAAUUCCUCCGCACCAUCCUACACACCAAUAACGUCUGCCUAGUUUUUGAUGUUGCAAGUCUCUACUCACUGAGCACGCUCAGUGCAGCCUGCUGCGCCUACAUGGACAGACAUGCACCCGAAGUGUUGAGUUCUGAUGGUUUUCUCACUCUUUCCAAGACCGCUCUGCUGACGGUGGUCAGGCGGGACUCCUUUGCUGCCAGUGAGAAGGAGAUCUUCCAGGCCUUGUGUCGCUGGUGCCGGCAGCACGAGGACGGGGCUGACACCCAGGAAGUGAUGUCAGCGGUGCGGCUGCCGCUCAUGACUCUGACGGAGAUGCUGAACGUGGUGCGACCGUCUGGCCUUCUGAGUCCAGACGACCUGCUGGACGCCAUCAAGACUCGCUCAGAGAGCCGCAACAUGGACCUGAACUACCGAGGAAUGCUCAUACCAGAGGAGAACAUCGCCACCAUGAAGUAUGGUGCUCAGGUGGUGAAAGGAGAGCUGAAGUCUGCACUGCUGGACGGGGACACCCAGAACUACGACCUGGACCAUGGCUUCUCCAGACAUCCCAUUGAAGAGGACGGUCGGGCCGGGAUUGAGGUCAAACUGGGCCAGCCGUCCAUCAUCAAUCAUAUCCGCCUGUUGCUAUGGGACAGAGACAGCCGGUCGUACUCGUACUACAUCGAGGUGUCCAUGGAUGAGCUGGACUGGGUGCGUGUUGUCGACCACUCCAAGUAUCUCUGCCGCUCAUGGCAGAAUCUUUACUUCACACCUCGUGUUUGCAGGUAUGUUCGCAUUGUGGGAACUCACAACACUGUCAACAAAGUCUUCCACCUCGUAGCAUUUGAAUGCAUGUUCACCAACCGCCCAUUUACCCUGGAAAAUGGACUUCUUGUGCCCAGUGAGAAUGUGGCGACGAUUGCAUGCUGUGCCAGCGUCAUUGAGGGAGUGAGUCGUAGCAGAAAUGCUUUGCUCAAUGGCGACACUCGCAACUACGACUGGGACUCUGGAUACACUUGUCAUCAACUGGGCUCUGGAGCCAUCGUCAUCCAAGUCGCCCAGCCCUACUCCAUUGAAUCCUUAAGGCUGCUACUCUGGGACUGUGAUGAGCGAUCCUACAGUUAUUAUGUUGAAGUUUCCACCAACCAGCAGCAGUGGACAAAGGUGGUCGACCGCACCAGGGUGUCAUGUCGAUCGUGGCAGACGUUAAAGUUUGAUAAGCAGCCUGCUUCCUUCAUUCGAAUUGUUGGGACUCACAACACUGCCAACGAGGUGUUCCACUGUGUUCACUUCGAGUGUCCGGCCCAGCUGGACAUAGAGGUCACUGAAGGCAGUCCGGGUUUGGAUUCAUCCGAUUCUGGGGCAGCCACCCUGCAUCAGCAUCCUCAGCGACCUUCACGCAGACACAUCCUAGUGCCAUCCGAGCCCUUCUCCCCUUCCUCCUCCUCCUCAUCUUCCCCUUAGUCUCACCAUUAAGAGCCCCCUUCACUCCUUUGUUGGAAGGUGCUGAGAGGAAGCGAGAGAAUGCCAUUUUGCACAGCUUUCAUCAUCCAGACUGCACUGCUACAAGCUGCUACGGUGAUCAUUUUGUUGUCAUAGUCCAUGGUCCCUCCAUCACAUGUGCAGCAGUAGAAACUGGUGUACCUGUAGCAGCAGCAUCAAGGUUCCAGUCUUCCCAGUUAUGAGACUGAAAAUUAGGCAUAACAUCGGCUGGCUUUUGAAUUUUUAUAAAGGAACUUUUUAGCUACAAAAACUCCUUUUUAAAAACAAUGAAGGUUGAACACUGACAUGGUUUUACUGUAUCACAGAAGAACGGUAAGAGCAGGGUGGGCUAGAGGUAGCUAUUUGAAUUCAGUGCAUUCAGUGAUAAUAAAAGAAAUACAGAAGUUAUCAAGCUAUUUUUUAAAGAAACUGUCUUAAAAAGACUUUACUCACUUUUCAUACCAUCAUGCUAACAGAGUGGCAGUCAAGUAUUUUUCAAAGUUUUUGAUUUCAUUCUUAAAAUUUGCCAAAGUUGUGUAGCUCAUUUUUCCUGAGGCUGCAUUUUGUAUGCAAGUAGCACUUAACCCAAUGAUGCGUUUGCAUAUUAAAUAAUAACUGUGGAGAAUUUCAAGAACAGGCUUUCACACCCAAAACCAAAAUUUAUGGUGGGGACUUUUUGAUAAUUAUUUUAAUACCUCAAAAAAAUAAAAACUUGCUAAAACUGACAUUUAAGGGAGUGUCUAAAUAUUUUGAGCAGCGGAUUGGCUUAGCACAGAUAAUUGGAAAAUCAAUCAGCUUGUUGAAAGUAGGAGCUUAAAGGCUCGGACCAAAUUAUGUAUGCACUAGGGCUGCCGGAGUUUAUACACGGUGGAAAGAUGAGCAGCUGCCAUUGGCACUUUAUUUUAGUAUCUAGAAAUAAAGGCUGCAGCUUGAGUCUUCUGACUGAACAACAGUACUGGAGUGCUGGAUUUGGUUUCUUGCUUUUUUUUGUAUGUUAAUUUAAAUGUCACGGCUCUUUGGGCUUAAACAGUCUUUUUUUGUAGUUUUCUUUAAAUUAAGCUAUCAUUGCUGUGGUUAUGUUCCUGUCUACAGAUGAUGCACUUUUUUUGUUUUAUUUAAAUAUGCAUAAACAACCUGGAUAAUCCACCUGUGUUUGUUCCUUUAGGCAUCCAUCCACAUUUUAGACGAUUAACCAUUAGUUGGAUAAAGUCUUCCUUAAUAAAGAAAGGAAAUAGGGCUUUGUUUUGAUUUAUAUUGUGUUGUUGAGAAGACAUACUCACAUAUAACUUCAUGUGUAUAUACAUAGUUUCUAAUAUAUUUGUUGUUUUUAGGCAUUGAUGUGUGAUUGUGUUUCACUCUUGUUUAACAUGUUGCCUCAAAAGAAAAAAAAAAGUGUGACUUUAGAAAACUGACAUUGUUUGAUUAUUCCCUUAUUUGCUGGUCUGAAUGUCUGCUGUUCAAGUUGAGUACAAGCAAUAUAUUUUUGUCAAGUCCAAAAAGCUUCAGUUACAGAGCAAAGUGUGCUAAUUGAUCAGUUACUGUACCAUCUACUCGUCAUGCUCUUGACACCAACGUCCUGUCUGCUCAACGAGCAACGUUCACGCUGCCCAGUGAGGGCUUGUCAUUCAUUAAACUUACACUGUUGAA